AUGCCAUUCAAACCAGUAGAACAUCCGAAAUGCCCAAAGUGUGGUAAAUCUGUGUAUGCUGCAGAAGAAAUGAGUGCUGGCGGCUACAAAUGGCAUAAAUUUUGUUUCAAAUGUGCAAUGUGUAAUAAAUUACUUGACUCAACAAACUGCUGUGAGCACCAAGCUGAAUUAUACUGUAAACAAUGUCACGGUCGAAAAUACGGUCCUAAGGGGGUCGGUUUUGGUAUAGGUGCUGGAGCUUUAACUAUGGACACGGGAGAACAUUUUGAGUUAUGUAACAAAUUGUUGGAUUCAACAAAUGUAGCUCCUCAUGAAGCUGAACUGUACUGCAAGCAAUGCCAUGGCAGAAAGUUUGGACCCAAAGGUGUUGGCUUUGGUUUGGGUGCUGGUGCUUUAACUAUGGAUGAUGGCUCCAAAUUUGGCAACAAAGCAACCGAAAUGGGGUUAGCUGUCAGAUAA